AUGAUUGGAACUGAAGAGAAGCAAUACUACUCGCACGGCAUAACUAUAAAUUGUAGAUAUGAUGGGAGGGAUAGUUCCGGUAUUUCCAAAUUAGUUGUGGAAAAGGGUUCCGUGAUUGGGUCACAAGCCUCGUCUACCGUGUCAUAUGUAGAUUCUAAUGUCACUUGUACUAUAAAUCUCAAUAUAAAUACAGAGUGGAAAUUACACAUUAAAACUCUGUUCAAGGGGGACAAUAAUAAUGAUCACAUUUUGUGUUGGGACAGGAGUGAACGGCUCAACUAUUUGCUACGGUCUCUAAUGUUUAGUAAUCAUUGGCUUAAGGAUGAGUCAUCCAUUCAAGAUUCCUGUUAUUACUGGAAUCUUGAGAUUAACUUGUCGAUUUCACAAGCAGGAGGUUCACUACUUGAUGCUAGUAGUUAUGCUAUUGUUUCUGCUCUUUCUGGUGUUAGUAUCCCAAGAGUUAAUGUUAUUAAUCACACUGAGGGGGUUAAAUUGACCCUGGGUAGCGGUAAUGACCAAAAAAUAACGGAAUUGAUUAAAGCCGUGCCAAUUAUAGUCACUUGUGGCAUAUUUGAUAACCGUGAUGUCUGGUGUAUGUGUGAGAAUGAAGAAAAUUGUAUGGAUACUGUUAUUUCUUUUGCUAUAAAUCGCAAUUCUAAUGUAGUUGGAAUGAAUGGUACUGGUAGUAUGCUCAUUAAUCACGAACAAUAUAUGAGCAAGGCUAGUGAAAUUGCUACAGAACUGUUUACAUCGCUAUAA